UGUUAUGGCGGAUUUAGACAUUUCAUAAAAAUUCAGUUUUCGAUGAAAUAUUGCAUCGUUUCUUUUUUGAAGCGUUUUAUAAACAUUGCCCAUGGUUAGCAAUAAGCUAUAAAAGUCCUUAUAUCGUCUCACUAACGAAACGUCAGAAAAAUGACGUCCUUUUCGCCAUUUACCCCACCAGUUGUGAAGAGGUUGCUCAGUCACAAGAAAGGCGAUUCUGACCGAGAAGAUAAAUGGUCUGAAAAGGCGGUUAAAAGCCUAGUUAAGAAGCUGAAAAAGUCUGGUGGCCUUGAUGAAUUGGAAAAGUCCAUAACUAAUCAGGACGCCACAACAAAAUGCAUUACUAUUCCUCGGUCGCUGGAUGGUCGUCUGCAGGUAUCCCAACGGAAGGGCCUCCCUCACGUGAUCUACUGUCGUCUGUGGCGGUGGCCGGACCUCCAGUCCCACCAGGAGUUGCGGGCCAUAGAGUCGUGUGAGUACGCCUACGCCCUGAAGCGGGAGGAGGUGUGUGUGAACCCGUACCACUACAACCGUGUAGAGAUUCCUGAAGGAUUCGAGGCCGACACUGGCAAUAUGAUGACUCUGCCCCCUGUCAUGGUACCCAGAUCCACAGAGAUCCCGAAUAAACUCCCGGAACUCGAGAAUUACGCCACCACAGUGCCAGAGAACACAGACUUCCCAACAGGACUGGGUGAAAACUUUUCUAUACCAGACACGCCCCCACCUGGCUACAUAAGCGAGGAUGGAGACAAUACAGACAAUCAAGGUGAUAUGGACAUGUCCCCCAGCCCCUCCAAUCAGAAUCAAAUGGACGCCCAGCCUGUCACGUACAAAGAACCCACGUAUUGGUGCUCUAUAGCAUACUAUGAGCUGAACACACGAGUAGGAGAAACAUUUCACGCCUCCCAACCCUCGCUGACAGUGGAUGGGUUUACUGACCCCUCAAACAGCGAACGCUUCUGUCUCGGCUUGCUGUCAAAUAUUAACAGAACACAACAGGUCGAAAUGACGCGGAGACAUAUUGGUAAAGGUGUUCGUCUGUACUACAUCGGAGGUGAGGUGUUCGCGGAAUGUCUUAGCGAGAGUGCAGUGUUUGUACAGAGCCCCAACUGUAACCAGCGAUAUGGCUGGCAUCCUGCAACAGUGUGCAAAAUACCCCCAGGCUGUAACUUGAAGAUCUUCAACAACCAGGAGUUUGCAGCCCUUCUUGCCCAGUCAGUUAACCAGGGCUUCGAGUCUGUGUACCAGCUGACCAGGAUGUGUACCAUACGCAUGAGCUUCGUCAAGGGGUGGGGAGCCGAGUAUAGGCGUCAGACAGUCACAAGUACUCCGUGUUGGAUAGAAAUUCACCUGAACGGCCCUCUACAGUGGCUGGAUCGAGUACUUACACAGAUGGGCUCUCCAGGGUUGCCAUGCUCUAGCAUGUCAUAACUAUUAUAAACAUGAUAAAAGUGGUUAACCGGGUCUGUGGGAAAACCCACUGUACAUUAUUUGAUUGACUUCUGGUGAAAACUUGAGUUACAGACUUAAUCAAGUGUGAAGCCGGGUUGGUGGGAUUCUGCCCAUCGUAUUUGAUAAACUUAUUGUUAAAACUUGAGUUACAAAGCUAACCAAGUGGUAUCCUGGACUGGUCAGAUUCUCCUCACUGUAUUUGAUCGACUUCUUGUGAAAACUCUACUUCCCUUGAGUAGUACACCAAAUGGUGUACUGGUGUACUGGUGUACUGGUGUACUGGUGUACUGGUGUACUGGUCAUGUGAAAAACACCUCCACUGGAAACUGUUGUCUACAUUUGAAACCCUGGGUUGUAGCCUGUGACAGUCACGAUCCAGUUUUAGGUCCAGUGGCAAAUCUUAUCUAGUGUGAAGACAGACUAAUUGUUGGCAUUUAAGGCUGGUAUUCAUACAGCACGUUCAGUUCAACUCAAUGUCAAUGUAUAUUCAGCUCCUGUUAUUACACAAACUGUUUAACAACAGGAAAUGUGUAGGGAGUUGAAAGGAGAUAAGAACUUUGUUUUGGUUCAAUCCCUUUAGAUGUUUGAAGGGAAAAUGAAAUGAGGAUAAUACUCCAAGACAGCUAAAUAGGAGUUGCAUUGUCACAUAAGGUCCCAAAAUAUUGUUUCAUGAAACUCCAACAGUAAUGCUCCUACACUCAUGAUUUAACUUUACAGGUAUGUUAGUUUGGGCUGAUGUGCAACUGAACUUUUUGUCACAUACGACUUGGGCAAAAAAAGACAUGGCCCUAAACUCAGUAAAAAAUAUCAUAGAUUAGCAUGGGCGAUUGUGCACCUGCCAUUGUUGGGAAAUAUAUCUAGCAAGAAUUCUGGCACUGUAAUUAGUUAAAAAUGGUAUGAUGAAUCUUGCGUGGCAUGUAGAUCCCAUCAUACCAUUAUUGCAUCUAUACUCGUGAAGCAUCAUAGUAAUUUUGGUCAUCAUAGACUUUAUGUGCACCUGCAAAUGUUUCACUGCUUCACUUCUUAACUCCACAACGCCACAUUUCUGUGUCAGGGGGCAUCUGAGGGGAUCCAUCACGACUCUGACAACUCAAGUUUACAUAACUAUGUUGGCGCUAGGAAAGUGUAGGCCACUAUUUCAAUUGAAGCAGAACAUCUGUCAAUUUGAGAUAAUGAAAAGAUGAAAAUGAGUUUUUUAGCUACAUGUACUGGCUAUUUUUAAUACUGUUGAAGCCUACAUGGCUUCUAAACUAAUUAUUACUGAACUUGUUUUAUGAAUAUCAGCUCUUACGGUAGUGUUACCAUGCCAGGAAUGAUCAUGUACUGCAUGUGUCAAACCACUGCUACACAACAUUUGUUAUCUCUUUAUUGAUGUAUUGAAUUGGACUCAGUACCUCGUGUAGAACCGUGUCUUUUGCUGAAAUAUAUACUUUUAAAACUGCGUUUAAAGUAUAGGAUACACUGAUACCAUUUUUGAUGAAUUAUAUUUUUACGACAAGUUUAGUGCUAGUAUUGUUGAAAUGGAAAUGCUACAUGUAUAUUAAUGAGCAUUUUGAAGUCACCAUUUAUGAUGGAUUGAAAACUCUAUUUUACAACCCCCUAGUUUAAUGAUUUUCCCCCAUUAAAAUGUGAUUUUUUAAGAACAUUUAUAACUAAAUAAAUAAAUGUAUGAGGGAAAAGAAAAAGUUUUUUCAUUAGCAUCAAUUUUGAUAUGGGGAGUUAUUAACUUUUUUUUUUUCUAGUUUUUGACCAUGGCCCGUAACACAUCAGCAAGAGAUAACCAAAAUAAUGUUUGUAUUCCAUUCCCUCACCUUCCCUCAUUGUUUGCAACCAUGCAUAUUUUUUUAUUGAUGCCAGAUAAUAAAAAAAAAAAACAUUAUUUUUUUAUUCUUUAGAAUAUAUUUUUGGUGUUGACACGUAAAUGAAUUGUUUUUAAAUAGUAUUUAGUUUUCUUUGAACAAUACAAAUUGGAGAUAGUCCUAACUCUGAAAUUGAACAUCAUCAUAACCCGUGGAAUCUAAAAUAACAAUCCUGACCCUCCUUCCCUGCUUUUUUACCAGUAAAAUAGGAAAUGAACAUUUUAUUUUUGCCUAAUGAUUAUACCAGUAUAUUGAGUUCUUUCAUAUGUGUUUACAUGUUCAACCAUUGUUCCUGAUGGUUUUUAGUUUUACUAUAGUUUUAUUUAGAUUAUCAAAGUUCAGUUAUUUGUUUAUUUUGCAUAUGAAGUAUAAUUAGAGUUUAGAAGGAACGGCAGUAAAUAUGUAAUAUGUUACUGAAAGGAUGUUACGUUUCUCGUUAUGUUAUUUCUAAUUGGGCCUACAUUUUACAUGUUUCUUUGUUGACAUUUGGGAAGAAAUAGUUUGUAUUAUUAGCUGUUGAAAACAUUCGUAUUGAAUAUGCCUUUAUCUGUCUCAAAGAAAUGUUACAAUGGUUGAAAAAAAAAAGAUUUUAACAUGUACUAUUUUCAUAUUAGGAUCGAUGUAUGAAAACAUUAAGCAAGUGUACUUGUACCUGUCAUUUUGGAAUUCAUAAACUAUGUACUCACCAAAUUAUACACAAAUGAACUCCAAUAGAAAAAGACAUGGAAAGCAGUAACAUUUCUGUAAAUUGUGGAUAAAAUACUUGUUAAAGAUAAAACAUGAUCAAAACUUCAUAUCAGAGAUCUAUUGAUAAAAAAAUGGACUGAAAAUGCUUUAUUUUGUUGAAAAGUGUUCAAAACGCUACUAAAAAUUAAAUUAUUUCAGCUUUGGCUUAAUAAGAUUCUGUUAAAUUUUCUGAGAAUCUGCCAGUUGCUUUUUAUUCUACACAUAAAAUAUGUGAGUGUGUUCCUAAAUGAACUGGAUAGAGGCAUUUAACUUGGUGAAACAACUUGAGCUUUUGUCAUGGAGACAAACUUUGACUUUGUGUUUUGUAAUGUAUCAGUAUUACUUCUGUAUUAUUAUCUAUGAAUAUUGGAACAACAUAUGUAUACAUUUCAUAGCCCUAGUGUUGCAAUGAGGCUGUGUGGAGCAUGUGAAAUGUAGGCCCAAGUAUUUGUUCACAAUCAUGAAAUGAUUGCUUUAUAUGUCCAUAUGUGAUCACUCAAACAUUAUUGUUUCAUAAUAACAAUUCUCAUAUACAUUUCACUCCGAUUGUUUGCAUAUUUUAUAUUAACUUAAGUCUAGCAUAAAACAAUAAUAUCAGAAGUGACCAGUUUGCACAAUUUAUAAAGUUUAUAUGGACAUUUUAAAUAAUAAUUGUGUUAAGGAAUUUGAACUUCCUAGUUUAGAGUAAGGAUAUAUUGUCAAAGCCCAUGUGUUUUUGGUGUGAAAAUUAGCCAAAAAGGACUCGGCCAUAUCGAAACAAGUUACAGUAUUUGCAGAGUUUAACCUUGAUUCACUCAAGAACCCAGAUACCAGUGCAACCAUAUGACAAGUGCACGGGCCUCCUUCUUAGUAUCAGUUAAAUUGACUUGACAACGAACCACCCUGAUAUAAAUAUUCAUAACUGUUUAAACUCUUUAAUUUACAUGAUUGUGAAGAAAAUUAUAUUGAUGCUGUGUUGUUGGGGGAAACUUGAGUGCCUGGCUUGGUAACCACCAAUCAAGCUCACAUAUGCCCAAAACUGUUAAACCAUUGGGAAGAUGUACUAGAAACAGCUCACAUAUGCCCAAAACUGUUAAACCAUUGGGAAGAUGUACUAGAAACAGCUCACAUAUGCCCAUAACUGUUAAACCAUUGGGAAGAUGUACUAGUAACAGCUCACAUAUGCCCAUAACUGUUAAACCAUUGGGAAGAUGUACUAGUAACAGCUCACAUAUGCCCAUAACUGUUAAACCAUUGGGAAGAUGUACUAGUAACAGCUCACAUAUGCCCAUAACUGUUAAACCAUUUGGAAGAUGUACUAGAAACAGCUCACAUAUGCCCAUAACUGUUAAACCAUUGGGAAGAUGUACUAGUAACAGCUCACAUAUGCCCAUAACUGUUAAACCAUUGGGAAGAUGUACUAGUAACAGCUCACAUAUGCCCAAAACUGUUAAACCAUUGGGAAGAUGUACUAGUAACAGCUCACAUAUGCCCAUAACUGUUAAACCAUUGGGAAGAUGUACUAGAAACAGCUCACAUAUGCCCAAAACUGUUAAACCAUUGGGAAGAUGUACUAGUAACAGCUCACAUAUGCCCAUAACUGUUAAACCAUUGGGAAGACGUACUAGUCACAUAUGCCCAUAACUGUUAAACCAUUGGGAAGACGUACUAGUCACAUAUGCCCAUAACUGUUAAACCAUUGGGAAGAUGUACUAGUCACAUAUGCCCAUAACUGUUAAACCAUUGGGAAGACGUACUAGUCACAUAUGCCCAUAACUGUUAAACCAUUGGGAAGACGUACUAGUCACAUAUGCCCAUAACUGUUGGAAAGAUGUACUAGUCACAUAUGCCCAUAACUGUUGGGAAGAUGUACUAGUCACAUAUGCCCAUAACUGUUGGGAAGAUGUACUAGUCACAUAUGCCCAUAACUGUUGGGAAGAUGUACUAGUCACAUAUGCCCAUAACUGUUGGGAAGAUGUACUAGUCACAUAUGCCCAUAACUGUUGGGAAGAUGUACUAGUCACAUAUGCCCAUAACUGUUGGGAAGAUGUACUAGUCACAUAUGCCCAUAACUGUUGGGAAGAUGUACUAGUCACAUGAUGUACAAGCACACUAGCUUGGUUUCAAGGUAUUCUUUUGUUAUACAAAGUUGGCAAUUAUCCUGGGUGGUCGUUACCAUAUUCAAGCGUCAUAUCAAUUUGCAUACUUCCACUUCAUGUUAUGUUGAUCCAGUUUUAAGUAAGUUGAUGCAUUGUGCACUUGUUAUAUCUGAUGUGUUCCAUACUGGGAUGAUGUUUUCCCUUUAAUUCUUAACCGACAAGUCUAGUACAUGUUUCGAAUGAUCUUUUCAAUACUAAAAUUAUGAAAGACAGCAAUAUUCAAGUGUUAUCAAACUGCAACUGUAAAACAUUGGUUUUGAAGAAGUUGUUUGUUAUUUCAAAAACUUUGCAGGUAUUUUAGUGUAACAAAUCUCAUGGUCACAGAAAUGGUUAUAAAUUAAAAUCAGAAAUAAUGCGUUUCUGAGUAUCAUCUGAAAUUUAAUCUCAGUUUAGUUUUGUUAUGAUUGCCUAUUUACCCGAAACUCUGAUGGUUAUUUUUACUGUAUUAUAACCUUGAUAAUGUAUAUAUGUGAUACUAGCAUAUGUUUGUGCUGAAUAAAUACAUUUGUCGCUUUAUAAA